AUGGAGAGGCUCCGGUCGAGCAGUAUCGGGUCGCUCUCCCGCGAAAGCCGAAUCGCAGCGUUGUCCGUGCACCUGCGCACUCGCCUUUCGUACGCGGCGGCCAAAAUUGAAAAGACCCGACAGAUGCAGAAGGCCCAGGACCUACCGCCGACGGCGCGCAUUGACUCGCUGGUUCGAUCGGGGCAGCUAGCCUAUUUUGACCAGGUCGAUGCACAACACCCAGAGGGGUUGGGCUCGCCUGCCAGCACGACGAUGUCGUCGCCAGACAUGUAUGGCACGGCUGGGUUCAACCGGCCUGUUGGGUCGGCGCGGCUCUCCCCAGCGGCCUGGUCGGAGGCUGCUACAUCUCCUCAUGCGGGAUUCUCGAGGAAUCACUAUCAUCAUCAUCAUUAUUCUCAUUCUCAUAUAGACCACUCCACCCGUCCAAAACUCGCCCCGCCUGUAGAUAUCAUCUCGAAGGAAGGAAGUCACGGGAACCGCCGUCGACGUCCGAAUCCAGAUGAGUUCAUAAGCCCGCCCACCUUCACUCAUCGCAGACAUCAUUCCCACCAGGACGUGGGCCUGUCCCAGUCCAGCGCAAACUCAGACACCAUCUUGGUACCAGGGACGCCUCCGCUCCAACCGUCUGGCCCUAUGCCGUCCGCGCGCCAUGGUGGCGGGGCGGGUGAGCAGCACGACCGCGCCCGGAGUAGCGCAAUGGAGCAGGACGCGAUCGAGACGCUGCUAUUCAUGUCCAGCCCCGGCCACUCGGGGUACUACUCGACCCACUCCCAGCAUUCGCGGCGGCAUCAGCACCAGCACGUCCCGCGGAGCAGCAACGGGUCGCAGGAGUCGAGUCUGCGCGUACCGUGGAGCCAGCCCUCCUAUCCCGGUAGUACCCAUGGUCAUGGUCAGCCACGAGCCGGGUCGGCCGAGGAAGUCACCGGGUUGGAGGCUCAGGCGGGCGACGAGAUCGACCGGAUGCUGGACCAGAUGGACAGUGACAGUGAGGAUGAUGCAGUCCGAAGCAGGCGGUAG